AACGGGUUUUCGUUCGGAAUUUUGCUAUAUUUGCUACUUUUAUUCGUUUAUCUUAACAGUCACCACCCCGAAAGAUUGUCGCGGCCUGCGGUGAUGAGCCUGAUAGCACUGAUAGGCUCGAGGGUCAAAUCGGCCAGUCCAUCCAAGACCAGCAACGGAACCUUCGAUUCGAACCUACGGCUGGACAACUCGCUGCAAUCGGAAAUGUCCACUGGUCCACGAGCUGAAGAUGAGGACACAAAGUCGGACCAGGAACGGAAGAAGUCGGCCAGCGACAAUCGGAUUUUGACGAAUCUGGACCAGGUGAACUCGGAUAACAUCGGCGCCUUACAAAAGCAUCCGCGGAAGCCGAUCUUUCUGCUGCGAAAUGGACCAAGCAUUGACCAAGGCGCGUUAUGGAAAACGGUGAAUUUGAAGCAGGCCUCUCUUGUCACCGUCAGCCAGUCCGAGUGGCAGUCAAGUUGGGAUCCUAUUAUCGAUGGUGGCUUUGAUAAAGCUGUGUUUUGUAUAAUAUAAUUUAAAAAAAAACAAGGCAAAUAAAAUUAAUGCUAUGUGCCCAAAAGUUGACCUUUUUUACCAAAAAAAAAAAUUAAAAUUAAUAAAACAUUCGGAAAAGUAGUAUUCCUGAAGAACCGCAUUUCGGUCUUGGAGAUGCGACGUGACCUGCGAACCUAUACCAAUGUAGCGAGACCGACCCAACCAAAGGUCUUCCAACAAACCAUCGUACCGAAAAACCAACGCCGACCACGACGUCGAACCCGGAGUUCCGCUGCAAGUCCUAUCUAACCUACAAGGCAUCCUAACGCGAGCGAGCGAAAGGUGAGGGAAAAAAUCUGUAUCUCAACUUCCUCCGGCCACAGCUCUAAACUCUCAAAAGUGCCGCCAACGUCACCAGACACUGCUGCACGACGAAUCGAAACAAAGAUCCGUACGGAAAUCAGUCAACCCGCAGACCGUUGCACCAUCUGGCAACCAGCCGCCAGUUUCCCAACCCGCUGGCCAAGAACCACAACAGUCUACUUCGGCAAUGUGUAACUACACCCAGACGGUGAAACCCGUCAUGCUGCUGGCGGCGUUUGUCCACCUGCUAUACGACAAGGACAGACCUGUGCCAUGCCGGCUUCGGCUGGACAAUGCAGGUUAACUUUAUUACUAAACAGAUUACAAAACGGCUGAAUACAA